AGCUUAGGUUCAUACCUACCAGUCAUCUCCUCAGCCGUCGCUCGCUCUUGCUUGACGAGCUCACCAGGGGAGCAACAAUGCAUCACAUCUCGUAGCCACUGAGCAUGACACUCUUUACGGCGCUCUCAAUCUAUCCGCUCGAAUAACCCACCAUUCUCAGCAGUGCCAGCCCCACAAGCGGAUACCACCCCCGUUUGCUGCCCACGAUGGACCAACCUCUCUCCUCGCUCACCAAUGCGACCUCGUUCCUUCCUUCCUCGUCGGAUCUACUCAUGGCAGUGCCUCGUCUGCUUUCCAGGGCGGGCUUCUUCGCAGAGCAUAUUGACGGCAUCUUCGGCAAGAUCCGCGCGGGUGGUAUCAUGAUUGCGGAGCCAACCACGUCCAACAUUACGAAUGCCACCAUAGCCACCACGUCUAGAACUUUCAUUCAGGAAUCAGUUGCGGCAGCGGCGAGUGCGACACUUGUAAGCCAGGAUGACGGAGUAUUCUCUCCGCUACAGGCAUUGAAGAAUGUUGGGUCUUUCUUCGGCUACAUGACUUCAAAAUGGGCAAUUGGUACCUUCACUGCGGCAAUCCUGCUGAAUCGCACCCACUUCUAUGCCUCCAGCCGAAUUCCCCUCUCAUUCAACAGAAUGUAUCUCCGCUUUGCGAUAUACAUACUCCCAAUGAUGCUAUUUCUAUAUCGCAUACAAGGCAUCCUUCGGGCGCUACGCUGUCAGACCUCGCCCAGCUGGUCUCAAAUGCAAUACGGCGCCCCGAGCAAAGAAUUAGACACGGAUUUCGCUGGGGAUGGUGGUUUAUUAUGGAAGACUGCUUCGUCUCUGCUCUUCUGGGAAGGCUUGGAGGCGUCUUGCAAAGCAGUCAACAUGUUUCCCCCGGACCCCAGCUCCACACGGCCCGCUGGCUCCCUUGCGUUGCUGUGGCCACUAUUCCUUUCCCUCGGGUUUGGUCAAUUCGUAGAGACCAUGUCUUGUGCUCUUCAAGGCCUUCCGCAAAUACAAGAGGUCGGGAUGACUAUCUUUGAGCAUUCCUUGGCCUUCGCCGAAGCCGAGGCAGUUGUUACCAAGCCCCUAAUUGAUUCUCCGCGUUUCUGGAAGCCGAAGACCGUUUUCACUCCGGACGGCAAUUCACUGUCCCUAGCCCAUGCGUCCCUGUCACGGUUUGCCAAUGUGCCACCUGAAGUCCUCCUGAUUUCUUUGAUAUCAAGCUUCAGUCACCUGACGAGCAAUUUUCUUGCAGUCGUUGGGCUUCGGACACGAUUUCGACUCGUCACAACAGGCAUUUGGGGUUUCGCGUACAUGUCCGCAUUUGCGUGGAGUUUCAUCAAAUUUGCCACCGCCGUUUCAGAGCCGGGACCUCGGAUUGGAGUCAUCCGAUUCCCUACUGUUUGCAUUGUGGGUUUCAUUCCCCAUCUCAUAAUUUUGGUGGGCAUCUUAGCCUGCGGCGCGAUCUAUCUCCUUGCGUUUGGUCUCACAUUGCUUUCGCCACCCCCCGGCCAACCUGAGAACCUUACUUGGCGAGAACGAUUUGCUGUAGCGUAUGGGAAUCUACAUGCAAACAUACAUCUAUCGGCCAUCACCCCGCUGACUAUCAGCUGGCACGAGGAUUUCUACACAGCGAUUCUGAAGGUCGGCUUCACUGUCCUCACAGCGGCAAGUGAAGCGGUGUAUCUCAAUGAAGGGUCGGGGAUUAGUGUGCAUCCAAUGACAUGGCUCGAAAAGAAACGACUCCAGGAACUUCUUACUCGACGACGGCGAGCUCGAAGGAGUUUUGCUACCAUACCACCAGAACUUCGUGGAAAUGGCAUCGCCGAAGGCAUCGAAAUCGACGAUUGGAGUAUAUGUGACGAUUCUUCCCCGUAUCCUGCCUCCGGAUAUGGGAGAGAGAGAAAGACCGGGGAAGCCGCCGCCUCCUCCAACACUUCCAGAGUUCUUGGAAGAGACAGCGGUGUUGGACUUUCGCAACGUAGAGGGCGCUGGACUUUGACCUACCAGUUUCUAAGAGGCAUCUCCCUACUGCUCGUGGCUAUUCAGGCAAAGAUUCUCAUGUCUGUGCUAGGAAAGCUACGGAUUGCCUACAGUCCUAGAUGGUUGGUCCGGCUUGCCAGACCUCAGUCCAACGAAAAGACAUCACCUUUGACUUCAAGGCAAUUCAGCACAGGAGCACAGAUAGAGGCAACUCGGGUUUUACGGCCAUCAGAACCAUGGUUGGUUAUUGAUGAACAGACUCGCUUGCGACCUUCACUCGACUUGGACAUGGAAGAGUUCGCCAGGAAAACACUGCGUACUGCUGGCUAUUACGAAGAGCAAGGCAAUAAAGAGACCGAAGAACAUCUUACAGAAUAUCUCUACAAUUGGUGGAGAACAGGCGGUAAAUGGGGAGACGUUGACACUAGCGGAGACUACAUUCCUGCUCAGGAUGACGAUACCAUAAGUAUCUCCUCCACCACCACAACGGAUCUCAGCAAUGAAUGGUCAGACAUGGAUGAUGGACGGAAGACGCCUACCAGAAGCUCGCCGUUCGUGCACAAUCAAGAAUCACCUCUAAUAUCAGAAAACUUCGUCCAUAUUUCUAAUCUCUCUCGCCUCCUCGAUCCCCAAACACAAGAGGACCGAGAAGAGGCUCGACUUCUGUCACGGCAUUUGCAGACUCCUGGAAUCCUCACGCGGUCCCAGUAUCGAAUGCUAGUCGAGCGUGAUGAAGCUCGGGUCUUCACGUCUUCUUCUCGUUAUCGGUUGACAGGUUUUGGAAACGGCCAAAUGACAGCAGAACAGGAGGAGAAGUUGCUGGAAGAGUACAUUGUGAACCGCCGGAAAGUCACCAUGGAAGCGUCUGGCCUAGGUACCUCCGCUACCUGGGAUAAUGGUGCUGAGGGCAUGGGGUCGGAAGGCCCACAAUGUGUUGUUUGCCAAAUUAGUCCGAGGACUGUCUUGGUCUGGCCGUGUGGAUGUCUGUCGCUAUGUGACGAGUGCCGAGUUGGUUUGGCGUCGAAGAACUACACGACAUGUGUGUGCUGUAGGACGAAUGUUGUGGCUUACUCGCGUUUGUACGUGCCGUAGAUGCAUAAAUGAGUCUAGAUUGGAGGGAGCAUUUGGGCUAGCGUUAUAUUUCUUUGUAGAUAUGUUUGUGUAUAUUUCAUUGUGUUCGUUCGGCCUAAGAGCGCUUGGAGAAAUUCUCCACGCUUGAGCGAUGUGGCAGCGCUCCCUAUUGUGGUACCAUCGUAAAUAGAUACUUGGCUAACACCGGUAGCUAAACAUGACCACGUUCUUAGGCGAAACACCACGACUUCGGGCUCGUCCAUGAAGGGUCCCAUAUGCCAUUUAACAUGUCUCGAAAAAUGAACGGAUUGAAUUUAG